AACAAGUUACCCGGUUUUAGUGAGAGAGCUCAAACAAUGUCUUACUCUAUUGAAUAGUGCAGGUAGGUACUUUCAUUUUUUCAAGUUGAAAAAAUUUCUCAUUUCAAUACCGGCUUUAGCUCGCUAGCAUAUUGUUUAGCAAUUUAGCAUCAGACGAUCCAAGGUCAUUUCUAUCGCCAAUCAUUCGUAGCCAAGUUUGAAUUUUGAUUAUUAAAACUGGUAUUUUAUUGAACGCAGUACAGUUAGCAGCCUGAAUAUCAGCCACCUCUUCGAAGAUUUGCGACUCGCGGAGAUGGCUGAAAUGCAGACUGUACCGUUCGAUACAACAGCCAAAGCCCCGUUAAUACCCUGACGGGGCCAUAGAGAAAUUGCAAGGGCUUUCUUUCCCCAGGGAAAAAAGUAAACUGUGUCCGUAUUAAGCGGGUGACCGUAAAACUGGGAUUGAAAAGACACAACAUUUUUGAAGUGGAAGAGGAGAUUGCUGUCUUAUUUAGCUCAAAGCCGGCCUUACUUGUUUGAACAGUUGUCAUUCCGGACUAGUCUCUAUUGGCCCCGUACGUGAAACGGAAGUUUAAUAGGGGUUACAAACCCUGUUAUAAUCCGUAGCGUGCAAUCACGUACACGUGCUUGGUGCGUGACGGGCAGAUGGCGACUCGGGAAAAUCCUUGUCUCAUAAAGAGUUUUUUUACGAACCCUGUUAAGAGGAAAUUUUUUUCAAAUUCUGGGCAAUAUUUGACAUACAUCGACAUCAAGUCGCGUGCAUUCUAUAUUUAAACCGUAACUAACACUUCGCUACGUCACGGCGCGUGCACUUUCUUUAUCGAUGUAACUUAAUUAUUGAUGUUUUCUUCUGUGUUUGGAUUCGUAAUAGCUGAAAGUCUGCGAAACAAACGACUACGUAUAAGACAUUUCUAUCAUUGGAGCGUCUACCAACGAUCUCCUGACGUCUUUGAGUUUUGAACAGAACAAGAAAGCAAGAUUUUUGAGCGAAUGGUCGAUGGAAAACAUCACUGACUUCCUCAUGCAUGACGUAAAAACACAAUCGUCAAAACAUCGCAGGUGAGUUGCGUUAGCUUGCGCUUGCAAGCGUCGCGUUUUGCUUUAUCUGUUUCGUUUAUUGACCAGUUAUUUUAUUGUUUUAUGGCUCUUCCUUUAAGCUUUUUGCAGUAGUUAAACUACAUUUUACAAAGCAUCUUACUUUGUUUCAUCCUUCAAUGUAACAACUUACUAAAAUAAUUAUAAAUUACAAUCGCAUUGCGCUGUUUUGAGCCAUCUUCUGUGAUGUUUUGUGAUUUCCUUGUUUUGCAAACCAAAUCUUUGUAUUGAUUAUCUUCAAACCAACUAACAUUUAAAUUUAAAGGAAAAUAUUCUUUUGUAUACUAAGAGAAUUUAAUGGUUUAAAAGUUCUAUUUCAUUACAACGAUACCCAUUUAACUCCAGACAACAGGUAAUUCACACGUACGGACAGUUAACGGACGGUUAACAAGCUACCAUCCAAAAUGCUAAUUUUAGUCAUGUCGCGUGGUCGCUUACGAGGAAUAGCACCACAAGGGGUCUCUUGCAGAAGAUGCCUAAACACAUCUACAUUUUUCUGCAAGUUACGAUAUAUGUGUAGUUUCAUGUUGUCGCUAAAAGUCUGAAAAGUUAACAUCACAUUCUCUUGGUAGUGUGGCACAUACAACGAGUAUAUAGAUCAAACCAUGACUCAGUGGUCGUUUACAGAACUGUGAGGAUAAAACAGUAGAAAAUUCUAAAGCCGUCAUCCAAGAAAGUUUUCGCGGUCGCUUACGAGACGAUCCAAACUGUUAGUGAUUUCAGUGGGAAAAAUUUUUUUUAUUUUGAAUAGGUGGUCGCGGAAAUGGUCGCUUAGGUGGUCGCACUUGAAUGUUCGACUGUAAACAUUUAUACGGUUUGCUCAAACUAGCAAAGACGAGAAGAAUCGAUGUAUUGGCUUUGAACUGUCGUUUGAUCAAUCGUGCUUAGACUAUGACGGCUUAAGUCUGAUCUAUUUUCUUUUCUCACAUCAUUUCUCAUCAAUUCAAGUACCCAUACCAUAAAAGUACAAAAAAGCUCUCCAACACGUGCGUAGAAAAACCAAAAGGUCAAAUAGGUUUCAUAGGUUUUUGUUUUUCCUUUCUGAGGAUAUUGCGAUUUUAAGACUGGCAGUAAAUAUUAUUGGUUUAAACUAAUAAUAUUCUUUUCUGAAGUGCCUGACAGUUAUGACAGUUAUUGACCCCGGUAUGCUGGAUUAACAUUUUUUGCAAAAUAUUAGUUCAAUGCAAAUUGCUUACGCCUCGCAAAGAUCAAAUAUUUCUUUUUAUAUCUCUAUGGUUUUCAGGCAAGACUAUCGGAUUUUUUUUUUCAGUUUCAAGCUUUUCUUCCAGUCUGUUGCGGGUGUCCUGUUUUCGACUGUCAAGUUUUUGUACAAAAGCAAGGCUGGAAAUGAAAACGGCCUUCAAAAAGGCGCGAUGAAGUGGCGAUCAAAAAAGUCUUUUUUCAAGUGUGAAGUGAGCACGCAGAUGUUAAGUACCUGUACUAAGCCAAAUUUAGUAGUUUCAGGCAAUUCGAGAGCCCAAGUAACUGAGCAGAUUUUAUUGAUCUCACCAAUACGGAAGUUUCCUACACGUGAAGUUUACUACGUGAAAUUGGAACCUAGGAUUCUGUCAGCGUUAAAACCAAGGCCAAGGUUGGCCAAGGUGGCCGCGCAUCUUGCAGGCAUAAUGCAAUUCUUGCCCUUGACUCAUAGCUGAGUCAAUUCCAAGCAUUCCUCGCCAUCAUGCCUUCGGUUUUUGUGCGUGUAUCCCACGGAAGCGUAAUUGCCAUCAAAGGUGCGCCAGGGGUUGGGGAAUCAUUUAUCAUCGUUGAGUUUCCGCAUAUGGCAUGUAAAGAGAACAUAAGCAUAAGCUUAUUUAAAAAGAAGUAAAAGUUCACUCUCCGCGUUGAAAUCGCCAUUAACCAGUAGUAGCCAGCGGUAAAUAAGAGUACUAAUCACAACCACGCGCGCGGCAGAACAUUUUGGAGAUAAGAUCAAGAGCAUCAGAGCUUCCUCUCCUCUCGCGUGUCUCCCUCGCGCGCCCCGUUUUUUCUUGCGCCUAAAUUACUUCAGUUUGUUGUUUUCUUUUGCAAGUUAAGGCUAUUGUUUUUUAAACCUCAGCGGGAUUGACAUAUUUACAUAAAAAAAACAAGAAUGAAAUGACUUCUGGCAGGGGCCCAUAAUUAUGGGCUCCUUGAUGUAGAUGUCAUCGUGAAUGAACCUUUUCGUGGAAAUACACAGACAGGUUUAACUUGUGAAGUGACUCUUUUGAAAGAAAGUUGAUUUUCUUGUUUUGAGCGAUGGAGGUAAAAUUGUGGACUGUCAAGACCUUCUACAGCGGAAUCCAUCCAAACAGAAGUAUCCGGAAACUGUAAGGUCUCGGAUACUGCUCUGUUUUAGUUGAUUUUCGUUUAAAGUUAGUUUUUUUUGGAGUUAUUACUGUUUCGUUCAUUUAUUCACUGUGUGGGAUGUGUUUAUUGAGACCUCAAAAGCCUCGAUAUGGUUGGUAUGGGCUGGUCCGAGUGGUUUUUCAGCUUUUCGGAGGAAAAAAUACAAAUUGUCGACAAAUACCCGAGAAAGUGGUUGAGGAGUUGUAUGGUCGCGUACGCUAGGAAUUAACUGAGCUUAUAAAAGGCACAUCAUAACUCCAUCGUUUUUAUCUUGUAAUUUUGCAAAAGCUCAAUUGAUAAAAAUAAAUAAAAAACAUCGUUUAUUCCACUCUUUCAAGUAAAAUACAACUGAAUUGUAAAGUGGUAAAAUUAACAAUUUGAAUACAAUAAUGUACAAAAUGUUAUGAAACUAGUCUAAAAAUUUAAAGGUAAUAAAAUCAUUCGCUCUUUUGGUUCUAGUGUAAGGGCGGAAAGACUUUUAGUGGCCAGAUCUAAGAUCAUAUGGUACAAUAAUAACUUCAUGACAAGUAACCUCCAUUCAGAGAUGAACCUGCGACUUACAGCAAAUCGUCUUUUCUUAAGACUCUCAAGGCCAGAGAAGGACAUGUACAGAGCUUCAUCAUAACAUAGUCUGGGAAAACAAUCUUAAGGGCUCGUUUUUGUAUAGACUUUAACUUGACAGAUAAGUACGCUGGAAUAUCUUGCCAUGCUGGGAGAGCAUAUUGAUCUAUUCUGACACAGCACUUAUAAAUAUUGACAAUAUUGCUGCCAGCUACUCCAGCUCUUUUAAGCACCCUUAACGUAUACAAUCAUUUGGCGGCUUUACCAUGAUAAAUAUAAUCAACGUGGUCGUUCCAUUUAAGAUCGUGCCUAAUUUUUACACCAAGUAAUUUAAAGGUAGAAACACGCUCUAAUUGGUAAUUUCCGAUGUAAUUAGGCUCUGUUCAAUACAAAAAUUAUGUGUCUCUAACAGCCAAAUUCAAAAUGCUAAUGGAGUGACGUGGUAGGACUUCUAAAACUGUAGUAUCAUCUACGUAUUUAGCUAGCAUUUAGCUCUUAUAUUCCAUGCCGUCGCGUAAGAGUCUAUUUAUCAUAACUUAAGAACAGUGUCACGCCCAUCUUAGUCCCUUGGGGUAUACCACCAUGCGGAUGUUUCCACUCGUGAUGCCCGUAUCGGGGAUUACGACUAUUUUACAGUGCUGCGCGACUGUACAAAGCCACAAUUUGCAGUUGCGUAGAAGGCUAUUUAUGCCCAGUAAACUCGAAUUCCAUAUAGAUAUUAAUAGUACUUCCCAAAAAGUGAGAAAAAAAUGAAAAAGUAGAAAAAAUAUUAAAAGGCCAGGGCCAAAACGUUGACCUAUAUCAUUAUCUUCUUAUUGGUGGAAUGGGUUAACUUCAGUUUGUAGUGUUUUAAUAAGUUUCCGUAGGUCAUAUGUGAAAUAAACCGGUGAGGGUCGUUGUGGCUAAAGUUUAAACAUAAAAUUUUAUUUCUUUUUUUCACAAAAAGCUAACAUGAGGCGAUAGUUCGGCAGUUAACGUUUCUAUUUAAACCCUAUUAAUCGUUACGUUACGAAAUGUCAUGAAGGUAGUAAGACGGUGUUAUAGACCGUUCCAGGCUGUUAUAGCCUGUUCCGGAGAGAACAGAGGCGAAAGAUAGGGAGAAGCAGAAAGAAGAAAAUUUAUUUCGCCCCCUCUCCCUACGCCUCUACCCCUUCGCUUGUUUUUUUCCUUCCUGCUUCUCUUUACGCCAUUUAUAUCCCCGUGAUUUCAGCGCCUGAACCAGGCUUAGGUAUUAGCGCUCAAAUGGCGCUUUUGCAAUGCCUGUGGCUUGAAGUAUAUCAAUGUUUUGGUAUGAAAAGCCAGGCGAACGUCUAACCAAGUCUUUGCCUUUGUCUCUAAUAGCCUUCUCUUUCUUUCUGUCAGUUGCACGGAUUACUUUGAUGCAGCCGUCACAGAGGCGUUUCAGAAAAAGAGGUCAUCCGUACGCAUUCUGGAUGCAGGUGCAGGACAAGGUUUAACAGCAUUCUACUUGCGUUCACUGGGUUACAACAACAUUGACGCAUUAACGGUGUCUAAAGAGAGACUGGAUAAUGCUGAAGGAAGUGGCCUCUACAGAAACCUACUUUACACACCACUGAAAGCACAGUCAACGCUUUGUGCGACGGGCGCGUUUGAUGCCGUGAUUUGCGCGGAUGGCGUUUUUCCCAAUGAAGUUAACCCUGAUGCCUUGGACGAAAUGUUGCGUCUUGUUAAGCCAGGUAAAGAAACAAAGCUUCAGUAGAUUCCUUGGUUUGUUACUGUUCGAUUUGUUUUUUUUAUCAUUACUAUACUGACAAAAUUCUCAAAACUUAUUGGCUAUAAGCUCUCCUGAUUUCAACAUUGGUUUGUUAACUGUUCGAUUUUUUUUUGUCGUUUAAUUCGUGAUUAAACAAAUCAGGACUCCCGAUUCUAUUAAUCACAGUCCUGUUACCAUUAUAUAAAGUAUAACAAACUGAAUACGAAGCUGAGUUCUUUCACAGCUGGUGAGCUUGUCCAGCCUUACACGUUUAUUUUGGACUCAAGAGAGCACUAGACUCAAACCGAGACCAAAUCCCAUAUGCUGUAAAUUAUCAUGAUCAUACAAUGAGUUCAGCAGCACAAAUGGGAAAGGUACUAUUACUGAGCCAGCAGCGGCGCGCUGACGAGUCCCAGCGAGGUUGAAGUGGCCUUCCACACCUGCUUAAAUGUGUUUUAAGAGGGCUAUCAGGAGAUGUCAGUUAGAGAACUUUCCCUCGCGAAAAUGGAUGCUCCGCUCCGUCUAUGAGCGCAGUCGAGGGCAAGAGUAAGGUAUCAAAAGAGAAAUUUAAACGCCGUGAAGUGGUCAAAAUUACCGUUAUUAGGUCUGUAGAUUUUUCUGACUGGUUUGUCGGACUCAAAAGAUAUUCUGCUCUGUCCAUGUGUAAAAUUGUUUUUCGUUGUUGUUUGUUUGUUUGUUUUUUCAGGUGGAAUUGUUUGCUUCACUAUGAACGCAGCUCAGUUUGAUCUUCCCCACGACAGCUUCAGACUUAAAUGCGAGGAACUGAUUACCAGCGGAAAGUGGAAAAUAAUGUCCCAGGGAAUAACAUCCCUCGACACGGGAAAAGAAAACGAUAACAAAUAUGACGAGUCUCCCUCCAGGGAAAGCUAUGUUUUAGUUUUUAUGGUUAUAGAUAACUUUUGAAAUGAGCACGGCCUCUGUUUUCACGCUCGUGGAUACCGAAGGACAACUCAUGGUAAUGAAAGAGUUUAAAUUAUCACAGCGUUUCAAGGAAAAGACAGCGGUGAAGAGAUAAUUAAACUUCUACAAUGAGUGACAGAUUUUAAACCCAGGUUUCGGGGAGUAACUGGGGUUUUUGCAUUAAUUUAGGACCUCGAACCGCGUUUUUCCUGAUGCCAAUCAACCAAGACGCUUAAAGGUUAAAGUAUGGUGAUUUUCGUUGGACCCGUGGCCGAGAAGACCGUAGUCAGAAAAUAAUCAAGUUUUGUUGCUUCUGCCGCCUGUUAAUAGAAGCCAGUCUUUCCGAAGAAAUGAUAAAUAACAGUUUUUAAUGACUGUAAUAUAGUACAAUUUUUUACAUAAAAAGCAAAGUAAACCACCACGCCCUAUUUCAUCAGACGUCGCUCAAAAACGAUUGAUGGUUGGAUUAGGGUUGGGAUUUCUCUUUGUCUUUAUCAUUUUACCCAUUGCCAAGUUUUACGGGUUCCUCCCUGGUAGACUUCGAGCAGUCUCUCUUAUUUCUUAGCCCGUCGAGGGAAACGCGCGAGACACGAAAAUCAUCACGCGCGCGAUGGAAGGCGCGAGACGGGAGAGGCACUCGGAGGCACGAGGCUCUUUUUUCAACGCUCACGUGCGCGUAAAGAGAGACUGCUCGUAGUCUAGCUCCGGGGAAACCCGAGAGUGUUUCGGAUUGUUUCGAUGUUCCUGGCUUUAUGCUCUGAGAAUCAGGGCGCUCUGUUGGUCUCCAUCGAAUAAUGAUUCAAUAACUUCCUAGUAAUAAAUAAUAAUAACGAUUCAUUUUCUCUUCUUAUCACUUGUAACGAAUGAGAUCUAAAGUCUUAUCCUGGUUCUUGUUAUUAAAUGGCUGCAUAGUUAUGGAAGGUGUUUUAAAUUGAUAAUCAUAACUUGAUAUUUUAUAUAAAUACAAAUAUUUAAUGGAACGGUUUUGAUAAGUGCCGUCUAGUGGUUCGUACGCUAAUUUAUAUUUUGUCAGAAGUCAGUAGAACUGGCAGAGACGUGAAAGAAUUGAAAAAGGAAAUUAAUAUUAUGGACC